CUACAUUAUUUUACACAGGGGAGAAUUUAUUAACCCUUCUCCGGCAGACAGCGGGAGAUCCAGGAUGCUCUUACUUUGCUGCAUCUGGGAAAGAGUUAAACUACAGCCCCUCCUCUUUAUGGGCAGAACCUAAAACCAGGAAGAGGGAAGGAGCAACAGGAUGGCAGCUCAAUGCUGGGACAAGCUGCUGGAUCUGAGCAGGAGGUACAAAGAGUAUGUGGUCGCUAAUCCCACAGGGGCAACUCAGCUGGAGGGGGCAGUGCGCAUGCUUUCCUACCUCAUUGCAGGGCGUUUGACUGAUUCCCAUGAGCUGUCAGAGCUGGUAUACUCGGCCUCCAACCUGCUGGUUUUACUCAAUGAUGGGAUCCUAAGGAAGGAACUGCUUAAGGCUCCCCCUGUGAAUGUGUCCCGUCAACGUCUCCUUACCUGGUUGGGGGUCCUGGAAAGCCUAGAGGUAUUCAUUGAGAUUGGCGUAGCACGGGCAUGGGGUGAGAGGACCAGAUGGGUUGCCAUCCUCAUCAUUCAGUUGCUCAAGGCUUUCCUACGAAUUCUGCUGCUUCUCUGGUAUAAAAGCGGUAUACAGAGCUCACCUCCUGUAUCCCCACUGAACCGAGAGGAGACUCCGAGCCAAACAGCAGAGGAGAGCUGCAGCACAGACUCUUGCUUUGUGGGGAAAAGGUCCAGCCGGGCAGUGCGUUCCCUGAGUGACACCCCGUCAUCUCGCAGUCGCUUCUGGCGUAGCCCCCGGGUCACGGAGGGUAAUAAUACAAGGACAGAAGCUUUGGACAAAGAUGGAAAGCCUACAUCUCUUGGGGCAGUGGGUACUGUAGCUGAGGUUAUUCACAUCCUGCGGCCCCUGACGCACUUGGUGAGUUUGGCAGUCUGGGGCCAGAGGUCAUGGAAGCCCUGGAUGUUGGCAGCAGCACUAGAUGUGACCAGUUUGACAUUACUCAAUGAAAUUCGAAAUCUUAGUCACAGAGAGCGAGGAGAGCUUAGGCGUCGAACCCUUUUACUCUUGUACUAUUUGUUACGUUCUCCCUUCUACAACAAUUAUACAGAGACACGGCUUGUCCUCCUCCUUCGUCUUCUUGGUGACUAUGUCCCUGGAGUUGGGCUGGUGGCACGUCCUCUCAUGGAUUAUUUACCAGUUUGGCAAAAGAUCUAUUUCUACAACUGGGGCUGAAAACAAAAUGGACGGAACCCACUUCCUGCUGGGCCAUUGUUAUUUGAUACUGUGGGAGCCACUUGGGAACAUGCAUGGAGCAAGUUUUCAGAGAUCCUGCUAUACGUAAAUAUUGUACUGAACAUGUUUUGAAGCUCCAGCUUACUGUUCUCCACCUACCAUCAUUCCAAUAUAUGUGAGCGUUCCCCUGGGAUCUUUCAGAUACAGUAUGGACAUUUGUGAACCUGGGAUGUCUUUAGAAGACACAGAGCUAUGUCUGUCAUAUGCACGGCAGUCUGUUUGUUAGAUAACAAUGUACCAUAACAGAAUAACCUGUUAGUGAGCUGUAUAAAUAAACUUUUUUUUUAAGCUCCUUA